GGGGGCUCGGUCCCCCGCUCCUGCCUCUUCGCGUCCGCCUUUUUGGAAGAAGCGAGGGGUGGCCGAGGUGCUGUUCCUCCGUCGGCUUUUUAACCGCUACUGUUAUUAUUCUCCUCCAGACUUUCCCCUUCUGGGGGAGGGAGGUGGUUUCCUGAUCUGAAGUGCAAAGAAAAGUCAGUGGGAUUCCCCUCCUUCCUUCUCCCCCCACCCACCCCCCCCCAUCCCCGGUUUGGGUGCAUUCACACGCUCCCUCAGGCAUGAUGCUCAAGAUGCUGCCGUUUAAGCUGCUGCUGGUGGCCGUGGUUCUGUGCUUCUUCGAGGGGGAUGCCAAGUUUGGGGAGAGCGGCGCCCGGAGGAGAAGGUGCCUCAACGGGACCCCGCCGCGGCGGCUGAAGAAGCGGGACCGGCGGGUGCUGUCCCCGGAGGCCCCGGGCGGCGGGGAGGCGAUGUGCCGCGGCCUCUACCCACGCCUGUCCUGCUGCUCCCGCUCCGAGCCGCAGGGGCUGCCGCACGCCGAAGCGAAGAUACUUUCUGUUACCAACAACACAGAAUGUGCGAAGCUACUGGAGGAAAUCAAAUGUGCACACUGCUCACCUCACGCUCAGAACCUAUUCCACUCACCUGAGAAAGGGGAAACAGCUGAAAGAGAACUAACUCUUCCCUACCUGUGCAGAGACUAUUGUAAAGAAUUCUAUUAUACUUGCAGAGGUCACAUACCAGGUUUUCUCCAAACUACAGCUGAUGAGUUUUGCUAUUACUAUGCAAGAAAAGAUGGUGGUGUGUGCUUUCCAGAUUUUCCAAGAAAACAAGUGCGAGGGCCAGCCUCUAACUCCCUGGACCACAUGGAAGAAUAUGACAAAGAGGAAGAGAUCAACAGAAAACACAAGCACAACUGCUUCUGUAUUCAGGAGGUUGUGAGUGGACUAAGGCAGCCUGUUGGAGCAGUACAUUGUGGGGAUGGAUCCCAUCGCCUCUUCAUUCUUGAGAAAGAAGGAUAUGUGAAGAUUUUCACUCCCGAAGGAGACAUACUCAAGGAACCUUUUUUGGAUAUACACAAGCUGGUUCAAAGUGGAAUAAAGGGAGGAGAUGAAAGAGGACUGUUAAGCCUUGCAUUCCAUCCCAAUUACAAGAAAAAUGGAAAGCUGUAUGUGUCUUAUACCACCAACCAAGAACGGUGGGCUAUUGGACCUCAUGACCACAUCCUUAGGGUGGUAGAAUACACAGUAUCCAGGAAAAAUCCACACCAAGUUGAUAUGAGGACAGCAAGAGUGUUUUUAGAAGUAGCAGAACUACAUCGAAAACAUCUAGGAGGACAGCUUCUGUUUGGCCCAGAUGGUUUCCUAUACAUUUUUCUUGGAGAUGGCAUGAUCACUCUAGAUGACAUGGAAGAGAUGGAUGGUUUAAGUGAUUUUACAGGCUCUGUGUUGCGCCUCGACGUAAAUACUGACCUGUGCAACGUCCCUUAUUCCAUACCACGGAGCAACCCACAUUUCAAUAGCACAAACCAACCUCCUGAGAUUUUUGCACAUGGACUCCACAAUCCAGGCCGGUGUGCUGUGGACCGCCAUCCAACUGAUGUAAACAUCAAUUUAACUAUACUUUGCUCAGAUUCAAAUGGAAAGAACAGAUCUUCAGCAAGAAUCUUACAAAUAAUAAAGGGCAAAGACUAUGAAAGUGAGCCUUCACUUUUAGAAUUCAAACCGUUCAGCAGUGGAUCCCUGGUGGGUGGAUUUGUCUAUCGAGGCUGCCAGUCGGAAAGACUCUAUGGAAGUUACGUAUUUGGAGACCGCAAUGGAAAUUUUUUAACACUGCAACAGAGUCCUGCAACCAAACAGUGGCAAGAGAAACCCCUCUGUCUUGGCAACACUGGUUCGUGUAGAGGUUUCUUUUCAGGCCCUGUCUUGGGAUUUGGUGAAGAUGAAUUAGGUGAGAUUUACAUAUUAUCAAGCAGUAAAAGUAUGACACAGCCUCACAGCGGAAAACUCUACAAGAUUGUUGACCCAAAGAGGCCUUUAGUCCCUGAAGAAUGCAAAAGAAUGGCUCAGCCUGCACAGAUACUGACGUCUGAAUGCUCAAGGCAUUGUCGGAAUGGGCACUGCACUCCCACAGGAAAAUGCUGCUGUAAUCAAGGCUGGGAAGGAGAUUUCUGCAGAACUGCAAAAUGUGACCCAGCCUGUCGACAUGGAGGUGUCUGUGUAAGGCCUAAUAAAUGCUUAUGUAAAAAAGGCUAUCUCGGCCCCCAGUGUGAACAAGUGGAUAGAAGCAUCCGAAGAGUGACAAGGGCAGGUAUUCUUGAUCAGAUCCUAGACAUGACAUCCUAUUUGCUGGAUCUAACCAGCUAUAUUGUAUAGUUCCUGGGACUGUUUGGAAACUACACUCUCAACGGGCAUUUGUUUUGAAUCCUGUCAUUUUUAAAAGACUCUUAUCCUGCAGCAAAUACCGGUGAUUUGAGUUACUUUAUUAAUUUAAGUAUAAUAUCCACAAAUGUGCAGAAAAAUUCCUCGUAUGUGUGUAAAUAUUCCCGUACGUCUCCACAGACGUCCCGAUAUCCAAUAUGUGCACACAUACCCCAUGCACACGCGCUAUCACAAAUACGGUUUUGCAGAGAGUGGAAUCUUUUUUAAUAUUUAUUUCUUCAUGAGAAAUAGUUUACAAAGCAAUUCCACUGUAAAACACAUUUUCGUCACAGGACUUCCAUGAUGUCUUAAUGGAUUCUUUGAUAUCCCAGCAAUCUCGUGUCUGUACGUAUCCGAUUAGAGCGGUGAGGAAGCAGUUUUCAAACGUCGCCGUAUAAACUGCUGGACUUAAUAAAAUCCAGUUGUAACAGUUUCUAAGGUGAACUGAACUACAUCAUGAGACAAUAUUGCAGAACUGCUUAAUGCAUUCCUAUCUAGGCAAUUCAUUGUAAGACUGUAACCUUCACUUUCAUCAAUGUAACUCUAUUACAGAAUGUUACGCAUUUCUUUAUCUAGCAUAGAUGCAAAAAUCUGGUUAUCGCAGCUUAAUAUCAAGAUUGUUUCAAGUGUUUAAUAAUUAAAUUAUAUUCGCAUAUUUCAAAACCAGUCAUCCUAGAAGGUCUGCUUUUUAUCAUAUAUUUUAUUUAACGGUGGGCACUGGGUUCAUGUUACAUAUUUAUAUUAUUUUAUUUUAUUUUUAUAAUAUAGACAUCACCUAGAUGAGACAGCUUUACCAUGUCCUGUAAAAUACUAAAGUUACAUUUUUCACCAACUUAAUUGGAAAGACGGGGAAAGAGAGAGCAAACACACACACUUUAAUGUGUUGUGGAUCUAAUCUAGAAAUGUAUCCUUGUGUCAACUUGUGUUCAUUUACGACGGAUGAGAAAAAAAACAACGGCCAACCAAUCACAAUAAAAUUUCAGCAUGUGUUAAAAGUGUCCCUAAAGUGGUUUUCACUGUAACAGGACAGUGUAAGAGGUUAUGCAAGCAGGCUGCUGCCAGUGUCACACUGAACAGAACGUCCCUGGACGGGAGCUCACACGAGCACGUGCUGCCUGUGCACGGUGUCACUUGUACAAAUGGUAGAGUGAUUCUUGCCAAAUGUGGUUCUAAAUGUAAAUGUUCCUUCAAGAGCUAACACAAAACUGAGUCUUUGUAAAUGUAUCAAUAAAUAUGGUGUACAUGCUCUAGUCAGGUUUUCUAAGGUAUUAAGAGUCUAAUUACAUGUAUAUGCAGAACUGGUGCCCUCUCAUCUCCAGCUCUAGGGUAUUAUUGGCGGUUUCUUUGCUCACUACUUACCAUCUAUCAGGUUUCCUUUGCACUAUCUGGUUUUUAUAAAAUCUUGCCUAAGACAAGAAAACGAAGUAGCCACAGUGUGCACAUCCUGUGGUCCUUAUAAGCAGCUGCUCAUGCAUCAACAAUUGACAACACUUUAGUCAAUGAGAUCUAAAAGACUGUAGCCAUAUUACUCUCCAGUAGCAAAAUUACCUCUGCAGGGCAGCAACAUGCAACAAAUUUUCCUUUAUAGAAAUUUGUCAGUCUUCAUUUAGUAGGUAUUAAAUCCGAAAUUACAGAGCGACUGAUACUUGCAUUUCUGUGUCUUACACAUUCCAGCUCAGAGGAACAGAAAAUUACAUUUGCCUUCCAUAUAUGUUUGCCUGGGUUUCGAGUGACCUCAUGCCACAUGGAAAUUGGUUGAGAAAUCUUGGUUAAGUGCUCAGAGAACAAUGGUCUGCAUUAAAAAGUGCAUGCAUAAUUUUGCACAAUGUAGAUUCAACUGACAGUCCAUUGAAAGACAUCUUGGGAUUAAAUGAGCAUGAAGACCAAAUUGCCCUCUCACCCCAGAAAAGGGUGGUCCCUUAUAGUCACACGAACACUUCAUUGGCUAAGCAGUGUGACCAAUCUUAAAAUGAACCCUGUGGUAGCAUCUGUAGGUUAAUAGCAGCUCUUUGUCUCCGCUGCUUUCUGCCUUUAGUCUUUUCCCUGAAUUCCAUCACAAAAAGUUUUACAAUUAAAAAAUGUCCUGACAACCAUUUUUGUAAAUUGACCUUAGCAUCUAAUCUUUCCUUAUUCAACGUGGGUGACAAAAAUGUGAACUUCUCCUGAAUGAGCCAGCUGUCUAAAUCUGUCACAUAGCGCGGUUUUAUUACACUCUUCAUAAUCAGCAAAGCAAGAAAGUCGCUGAAGUAUUUUAGCAACGUUUAAAUAUCUGACAGAGAUAACAUCUUUAACACUUUCUUCAAUGAAAUAUAUUUAAAAAUAAACCCAACUUUAAUUCCACUGUGACACAUUAUUUUCAACAACCAGCUGGGGAGAUGUGAUAGUUCUUUUCUCACUGCUUAGUUCCUUAAAAAAUACCACAGAUGGCACCUAAAUUGAAGACUCACAAUAAUAUAUAUGCCACAGUCAUGCAGAGAAGGGAUAACAAUGAUCUUAGAGUUUUGAUCUUAAUAAUAAAGACAAUUUAGUUUACUAGUGAAAUCAGAAAAUAAAACUCCAGUAAGAGCUAAGAAUUAAAUCCAGGCCUUAUUCAAAUCAAUGGCAAAAACUUAUAUCAGCUCUGCUGCACCCAGAAAUCACUUUCAAAAUUUAAGCAAAAUACUUCAGCUUAUUUUAUUUAAAAAACAUUUUCUGUUUGAGUCAUUCCACCAAAACUUAAAAACCAAGAAGCAAUCUAAAUGAAGAUUAGAGGGAAGGGGGAGAUAGUUUGUGAAAGUGUUUUGUUGCAUUUUUAAAUCAUCUUUUAUAUCAUGGGAAAGCAAACAUCUGCAUUAAGCCCACAUGUACAUAGGAAGUCCCACUGCAAAAGAAGCAUUCAUAAAAAAAAAAAAAAAAGGACACAAAAAAUCCUAGCUGCUUAUUUAUCAAAAGAAAUUAUACUAUUAAAAAGAGUGAGCAAACCCCAGGCCUAGCCACCCAAGAUGCUGAUAUAAAAAGGGCAACUGCAGUAAUUGCCCUGAGAAUUGGCAUACAAAAAAAAAAAAAAAAAGGGGUCUGUAGAAAGCCUGUUGCCAGUUAGGUCAUUCUGCAGCCAUUCUCACACAACCUCCGAGAGUGUCCCAGAAUAAAACUGAGCUUAUAAAUGAAACUAGAUAAAUGAGGCAAUUAGAUAAGGGCCUCCAGAAGGGAUUUUAUGUAUGUGCUCAAGUUGUCUCUGUCUCUGUGUCUCUCUCUCUCCUAAUCUUUUAUUCCAUUCAUUUCUUCCUUUAUUCGGAGAUACUGCCUCUCUGUUCCCAACACAUUGUACAUUUCAAGCAUUCUUUGAGGCUUUCCACUGUUAAAAGAGAACAAACAUACCUGCUGCAAGAAACAUAACUCUGUUUCUGGUGUCUGUUAGUUUUAAAACCUCUGGUUUAUUAUUUUGGAACAGAAAACUUUCAUUUUUCUCUUUUUAAAUGCCACUGAUCAGAAAGAAGGCAUAUUAUUGGAAUAUAAGGAGACAGAAAGAUGUUAUGUAAAAUCAGCUCCAAAUUGUUUCACUCCAUUUCAGAAAAACAUUUUUCUAAUGUGUCCAAUAAGAAAUAUUAACUCAAACCCUCUCCCUGGGAAUAAAUUCUUCCUGUUAACAGUCAGGGACACAGAUGCAAACCCUUUGUACCUUUAAAUCCUCACAGGUUAUUAUAUGUCAUGCAAUAUGUGUAUGCUAAUUAUAACUAAGAGGACAAAUUCUAUAUCACCAACAUGACACCUCUGUUUAUCUCCUCCUUUCAUUCACUUCUCCACAUUUGGCUUUGCAGCUUCUUCCUUUCUAGAACCACAGCAAACAUCAAUAACCCCUGGUUGCUGCAGGUGAUGCUUAUUAUUUUUGAAACUGCCUGACAGACACGUGCAACAAAAAGGCUUCCCAGCAGGCUGAGGCUUUUAUUUUUUGAUCAUUCCACAGAACUUUGUUAUUUUAUAGUGACUUCUAAUACUGUGUCUUAGCUGGACAUUUACAGUUCAGGAGUACCAGUCUCACACAGCUCAGGCUCAGGCUGAGAAGUUCGGGCACAGAUAGACUGAAGCUGGAGGAAGGGAGAAAUCACUUUGUCACUUAACAGUCACCGUGCUUGUCAGAAAGUUACCAAGUUCAAUUGAAUGAUCAGAUGCCUUAACUGAAAAGCAUAAUGAUACUCCUGGGAUUCUGAAAUAUUGCUUUUCAGUAUACACUUCCUAUAAUUUGGGAUCAGAAAUUAGGAUGUUUUCAUGUAAUAUUAUGCAAAAUUGAGAUUCUGAAAAUAUGAACAAGUAAUUUCACAGGUGUAAAGUCCCACUGUGAUAAAAAUCUAAUGUAAUUCUACUUGUAUCCAUGAAAUAGGCAUUUAUAAGAUUAAGUGUACAUGGAAAACACAAGUUUGAGGACAUCCUGUUCUGCUUAUUUUUCCUUAAUUAAGUAAAUUCUUUAAAAGACAUUAAUGUGUUUUAAUUUAUUAUCCUUUAAUUUAUCUGUGUAUCAGUUUAUUUAGGAAUGAUACCAUUUUGAUCUUCUUUCCAACUUAAAACGUGAUCCUCGUCUCAGGAAAAAAAACCAAAAGGAAGCCAGGAUGCGAAUAAAAAUUCACUAAUAAUUUGCAAUUAAAAAAAAAUAACGUUCUCACUGAAAAGGCAACCAACACUUUAAAUUUAUUCCGAUUCAAAUUUGAAGAAAAUUUAUACCAAUUAAUCUAGGUUCCGGCUA